AUGGAAUUUUUAUGUUCUUUGGCCAACACAGGUUUUGAAAAGCUAGGUAGGCAUAGUCAUGGUGAUGAUGGGACUGGAGAGAUGAAGAAACCUUAUGAUAAGAUUGAGAAGAGUGAGAGCAUGAGAGUUGAGAUAAGAAGCAGGAAGGCCAAGAAGCUCAUUGAAGAGACCUUGAAAAUUGCAGAUUCACCAAAGACCAAAACUUAUGCUUUUUGA